UUUUUUCUGCAGAUGUUCAUCCGCCUGGGAAUGCUCACCCAAAAUUUCCCUCCUUUAGUUCCCUUAUGGAAGCUGCGGUGGACUCUCCGAUUAAAUAAGAUGACCAUUGCCCUGGGUCGGCCUGCAUCGUAGCCGGUUCCACUUUUCCGCUCUUUUGAUUACUCUUUUCUAUUUUUUUCUUUGUUCCUUUUUUUGCCAUUCUUUUUUCUUUUUAUUAAUUAUUACUGACCCUCUCUCUGUUCUGAUCCUUUUUGCUCUUUUUUCUCUCUGAGGUCCAGACUCCAGACCCAUUUCACAAUUAUUCUUGGCCGUUAGAGCUUUUUGCAGGCAAACGCUGGCAGUCAAUCCGACUAGUGUUUCUACUUCAAUCCCUGCACCCCCUCCGUCAUUCCGCCUUUUUUAUACCUCUGAUACUAUAAUAAUACUACAAUCAAACCCUCCCCUCUUCCCACACUCACUCGCACCACACAGUGUGCCCCUUUUCUACUACGCAUGUCGUCUGCUGCCCUCCACUCACCGAUUGUGCUGCAACGCUUCCACAAAAUGCCACCGGUGCACGUCAUCGCCACCGAGGACGAGAAAGAAGGGCCGGCCUUUGAAUCACUAGGAGACCAGUAUGGCGGCAAUCAGAAAACCGGCAUGCUGUCCAUCUGUCCAGCUGCGUGGGUGCCCUACGUGCAACUAGCACGCCUCUUCCCACCCGCCGGUCUCUUCCUCAUCUACUUCCCCCACGCCUUUGGCAUCCUCCACGCCGCCCUCCGCACCAACGCCUCGCUGCUCUCCGUCCUCCAGGCCAGCGCCAUCCUGUUCGCCGGUAGCUUCUUCUUCUCCAAUGCCGCGCACAUCUGGAACGACCUCAUCGACGCCGGCCUCGACGCUCAGGUCGAACGCACCAGCCGCCGUCCCAUCCCGCGCGGCGCCAUCUCUCCCACCGCCGCCCUCGUCUUCGCCGCUACCCAGGCCAUCGGCGCCGCCUGGUUCCUGGCUUACCUGCCGCAGGGUUUCUGCGUUGGCUUCCUCUACGCCCUCCCCAACAUCCUCGCCACCAUGUACUAUCCUCUCAGCAAGCGCCACACGCACUUCCCGCAGCUCGUCCUCGGCAUCUGUCUCGCCUGGGGCACCGUCAUGGGCGAACUCGCCAUGAGCGCGCCCCCAUUCACCUACUCCCCCUCAACAGGGACCUUUUCCAUCGACUACGCCGUGCUCUGCCUCUUCCUCGCGGGCGUCGUCUGGACCAUCAUCUACGACACCGUCUACGCGCACCAAGACCUGCAAGCCGAUCUGCAAGUCGGCAUCAAGAGUCUCGCCGUGCUCUGCCAAUCCCGCACCAAGGUCCUGCUGUGGCCGUUGCUCGCCAUCAUGGCGGCGUUGCUGAUCGAGUGCGGCGUGCUCAGCGGGUUCAGUCUCCUGUAUUAUCUGGUCGCCGUGGGGGGCGCGACGAUCUCGCUGGGGACGAUGAUCACUAAGGUGGAGCUCCAGAGUAGCCCGAGUUGCUGGUGGUGGUUUAGUAAAGGGUUCUGGUGGGCGGGGGGCUCCAUCUGUGGUGGUUUAUUCGUGGAGUAUGUGGUGCUGAGGAUAUGGGGGUAGAAUAUCAGUCACGCUCCUUUUUGAUUCCUUGUUACCUUCUCAUGUUAUCUUCUCUCUUUGUGGUUUUUUUCUUCUUGUGUAUUGUCUUUAGGGUUGGGAUUGAUUGGGAUUGUGGAGCGUAUUGCAUUCAGCCUGCCAUUUUUUGGUGUUUUAUUGUUUUAUUGUAUGUAUGUAUGGAUUUUACCUUUGUGCAUAACUAGCUUUACCUUUUUUUUUUAUUAUGGGUCCGUCCAAAUAAUGAGACUUCGGCUUUUAUCCCUGGGAUGUUUUAACGUUAUGCCGCUCAUUGUGGGAUUGCGACAUGCACAAAUCCAUGUGGAGAUGUGGGGCCGGGCCGGGCAUUCUUUGUGUUGAAUACGAAGGGCACAACAAGAUGGAAGGAAGGAUCAUGGUACUCAAUGCCAA